CUCACAGCACCCCCGAGGAUGUACUCUUCAGUCACCCACUAUAGAAAUCUUCCAUUUCCAGUGAAAAGCUCGACCAUUUUGUGAAAGGGGUCCCGUAUGUCUGACCCACUAACACAUUUCUGUUUCUGGAGAAGCAGUGACGUCACGGCGGGGCGGAGCCAAGCGCGUUCAAAACACAGCUUGCUCUCAAUCCCCCCCCCUGAUUUUUUGCUUCCUGCCUUCUUUUUGUUUAGCGCUUCUUUUCGCCGCCCUUAGCGCCUCUUUUUUUUGAAGUACUUCUCGCUUUAACGGCUUUUUUUUAAUGUUUUAUCUUGAUUCGCUCUUCUCAGAUGAUGCGGCAGAUUUCCGUUUUCUCCCCCCGGAAACGCGCUUUUUUCGUCGGGAUUCUCUAAACGGCGCGCCGACUGUUGUUCGUUCGCCUGUUUGUGGCUUUCGGUGAAUAUGGACUCGUUGAGAUCAUAAAAAAAGCCUCUAAAUGCACCCGUCGUCGAGGGGAUAUCCCGCGUUUGGAGUCGAAGAGGUGUGUGGGCCCCCGCGCCGCGGGGCCGAUGAAGAACCCGGGAGCCGCGGGGAGCCGGCGCUUGGCGGGCCUGCUGGAGGCCGCCCUGCUCCGGGAGACCCGCCUCUGGAAGGUGCCGGUCUUCAAGAACGGAGGCGUCCAGGGUGCUGACGUCUCUUCCUCACAGCACCAAGAAAUGAUCCUGUGGCUCGGAGAAAUGAACCGGAUGUUCCAUUUCUGUCCGGAGACCUUUGCGCUGGGAGUGUGUGUCCUCAGCCGAUUGCUGUCCACUGUCAAGGCCCAAACCAAAUACCUGAAAUGCAUAGCUUUUACCUCAUUGGUGCUGGCUGCCAAAAUCAACGAGGAAGACGAGGUGAUCGGUUCCGUUCCGGAUCUGGUCGUGCAGAGCGGAUGCAACUUUUCGACAGCGGAGAUUCUUCGCAUGGAGAGGAUCAUUCUGGACAAGCUGGACUGGGACUUGUACAUCGCGACGCCGGUCGACUUCGUUCACAUCGUGAGUUGGCAGACGUUCCUGUUCUUUCUUUCUUUCUUUUUAUCACAACUGCUCCCGAGCUGUCGGAGCAAGAGUGAGCUGGACUAAAAACAGCUUCGUGCUUCCUUCAACCAUUCGUUUACAAAUCCUCACAAACGCCUGCACUCUUAGUAAAGAAAAGUUAGUCAUUGUGCCCAUUAUUAUUAUUAUUAUUAUCAUUAUUAUAAACUCCAUUCCGUUGUGGUUGGAGUGUGUCCUUCCCUUUUUGAAGUCAUCACCAAUUAAUUCUAAUGCAAAUAAUAAAGUCAAAGGAUACAAUUUGGUUUUCCAAUAGAUCAGAAUAAAGUUGACUGAAUUUAAUAUUAGUUAACAUACAUAAUAUUAAAAAGAAAUAUAAUUGAAAGGUGCUUGACCGUGGUUAUAAAACAUACCUUGUUAUAAAGUCUUUUUAAAUAACUGUCACUACUUUUUAUGUAAGUUAGUAUGUUUUAAGUAAAGUUUCAUGUUUACUUUAAAAUUUGCAAUGUCUGCAAUCUGUAGCAAAAGUAGCAUUGUAACUUAAAUCCUGUGCGUGUGUGUGCGGAGGAAAAACAAAGCAACAAAGACACGUUUUAAGCACACGAUCUGAACAUCGCUGUGUCUUCAUGACUGCGAGCUGUUUGCAGAAUAAGAGGCACUUCUGACUUCCUCCUUCCUGCAGAACCAGAGGGUUAGAAGAAUUCGAUCGAUCCUCACCAGACUUAAGAGAGACGCUUUGCUGUUUGGACUGUUUCCAGUGUCGUAGUUAGAAAUCCCAUACUGUGUCACUGAGUUUAUGGCACUAUAUCGUUUAACCGCUUGACUCUGUAGUUUAAUUAUUAAACUCCCACAAAUCAUUGAUUUAAGGCAGUAACCACCAAAUGAACUAAAGCACACGCACACACGCAUCAUUUAGGCCCCCCUCCCCCCACCCCCCAAUGCUGUUGGGCCUACGGCUGUAUUCAUAAGGAGUUUCACUUGACAUCAUCCCAGACGCAAUGAUCUUAAAGGUCACUAAGUGCAACGCGGCUGGAAAAAAACUCUUAACUUGUGUCAAACGAAUGCUUUAUGGACACAGCGCGCCAUUUUCUCCAAGGACAGUUUCACACUCGCAGUGUAUUGAUUCACACUAUUCAGAAGAUUUCCAUUGAACUUCCUCAGUGUUGGGGACACCAUAGCCCCCCCCUUCCCCCCCAUGUUAUUCUUCUACGACAAAUAAACAGCCUAGUAUUGUUUUCUUUGCGAUUAUUCAAAUUUGGACUGAUUCAUUUUGUUAAAGCCACAAACCAUAAAAACUGGUCCUUCCCCAACAACCUGACUGGUAUAGGUGUCAUAUUAUUGUCCCCUCACUUCGCUUUAGAUAUUACAAAAAGACUUCAAAUUAAGACACAAUGUAUUGAUAAAAACUAUAAUAAAAUAAAGAUUUAAAUAUUUUCUCUUUAUACUAUUUGAAUAAAUACUUUUCACACUUACAUCCCCCCCCCCUCCUGCCCCGCAGGAAUUACUCUGCAUUCCCUUUGCUAAAUGCUCUCUAAAACAGCAAUCAAUAAGAUCUAUUAGUCCCAGACUCGCCACCAUGACACUUUUGAUAUGGAUCAAUUACACUCUUUCUCUCCGCCUCUCAAUGUGCUUCGAUAAAGGCCGACUCAAGUGGGGAAUUUCAAAUCUUAACACAGAACUUUCCUUUGUUUGCUACGUCACAAAAAUUCCCCUAUUUCCCCUAACGUGAAGUGGGAGAACUCGGUGCAGGGACUUCCUGUUUUUUUAUUGUUGUUUUUUUUUUAAGAUUAACGAUGUCCAAAGCAACCGUUUCCCUCCUGCGCCACGCAGCAGAAUCUGCCUCCAGUGAACUCCCCCUUUCUUUAACAACCGGGCGGCACGAAUGAAAGGAAACGCAAAGACCUCCGACUUGACAAAGAGACGUUACAUGAUAUUCAUCCUGUUUUCUUGGCCUGGCCUUGGUAUGAAGAAAGGGGCCUAAGCUCAAAAGAGGAGCCUCCUCCUCCUCGGGGUCGCGAUAGGCCGCUCCGGCCUACACAUG